GGGAAGCAAGAUACCAAUGGGUGCAUGAAGGAGAGAGAUACAGCUGGGAACUAAUACAACGUGGGAGAGAGACAUUUCCAUAUGCUGCCUUUGACUGCAAAUGGCAGAGGUAGGCAGGGAAGUGACUGGCCGGAUUGUUCUUCAGCAAUGUUUAUAUGCCAAGCUGCAAGUCAAACCUCCAGAUCAGGACUCAGAGGCUGAAUGGGUUGAGAUUAGAAAAGGCAUGGUCGUCUAUGUUUGCUUUUUCAAUGGAGCAGAAUCUUCUGUUAUUGCAAAGAUGGUGAGUUCUCUACUGAGCGUCAAGCUGAGUGAGUCUGACAAUGGAAAACGAGUCUCCAUUCUUGACCUACCUGGUGAUGUCCUCAUUGUUCCUCAGGCAACACUAGGUGGAAAGGCAAAAGGCCGCUGCAUGCAGUAUCAUUCAAAUGCAGACAAGAAGCUAGCCAUGGAGUUAUACUCCAGUCUCAUUGCUCAGUGUAAGGAGGAGCUUCAGGCUCACUCAAAAUGGGCAGAAUCAGGAGCUGUAUUGAAGCAUGGAACAUAUGGAAACAGACAAGUUCUGAAUCUUGACACUAAUGGACCAUAUACCCACCUGCUGGAGUUCUGACCCACACUCAGUCCAUCCUUGCAAGGAGUUUAAAGAAAAUGAACUAAACCAGUUAGUCCACGAUAUUGUGCUCACUCAUUUCUGUUAGUUACCAAUCAUUUUGUCAUGUUCAGUGUCCUAAUCUUUAAAAAAGAUUAUUUCUUAUUAAAGAGGCUGUUAAAAAAU